AUGGGCAGCAAGCAGAUCAACAUCUCCUUUACGGACGAACAGGUCGCAAAGUACAACGGCGAGGGCUACGUUCUUUGUUUUACUGCUGGUGUUGCAGGGAAUACCGAAUUCAACGUUGUCGCCACAGCUGACACCAUUUCCCCCGUCUUCAACAUUACUUGGGAAGACCAGUUCCAGAUCGCCGCCACCAAGGACGAAUUCAGCAAUGGAGUCACGUUCCAAAAUUCCACCACACCCACGCCCAUCCAGUUUAACGAAGUCUACACUCUUCCUGCCAACUGGACUGAUGGUAUCGUUUCGACUGAUGUCCUUCCCACAGCCAAUUCUUUUGCGUUCGUGAACCAGACCACUGGCGCGUCUGCAGUCGUCUACAAAAUUAUCAACGGCAAAAGUCUGCCUUUCUUUAUCAGCCCCUACCCUAUUGACACGGGCGCUACUGAGGUGAUGACGCCUCAGUCUACCGUUGCACUCUGGUUCCAGCAAAACGUCGAGACUGGAACCAUGGUAGCUGUCGUCAAAGAUGAACUUUCGACCUUUGACUUUUCUGACAAGAGCAGUCUUGACUUGAUCUGGAAUGGCUCUCAGUUUGUCCCAAGCUCUUAG